ACAUUUAAAAAAACAAACGUCAUCAUCAGUGUCACCAUUGUUCGCUUAGCCAUGACUGAAAGAUGUCAAACGAAGUUUACGGAAAAAUUUGAAAAUCAAAAUUAUGUUAUUUAUGUGGGAAUCCUUGUUGCUUCGCUAGCCGUGUUAUAUGUUUACAGAUUUCACUUCGCGACGAUAGCAGUCAGCUAUGUGCUGGGAUGUGUGGCUUGUUAUUAUGGGCUGAAUUCCAACGUUCUGGACAGUUUAGUGAAUAAAAUAAAGUGCCAUUCAGUGUUGAGCAAUAUUGAGGAUGAGGCUGAGAAAAGCGGCGAAACUGGUUGUGCUACAUGUGACUCCGACAGCUGUGCCCGACAUGACUCUGCCCCAUCCUCGGAGCCCUGGGUGGGGCUCCAAAUACACAAACAGUUGGAUGAAGCCAUUGAACAGUUUUACAAUGCAAUACUUGAGCAGUUUAUCGGCGCGUGGUACAAGAGAUUGUCAGAGAGAUGGCUUUUUACUGACGAGUUGAGGCUGCAACUCAGAAGAGCGUCUGCCAGGCUGCUGCGGAGGGUGCUCAAGGUGAAUUACUCCCGUUUCCUAACGGAGCGUCUAAUCCCAUGUGCGCUCCGUCACUACACGCUGUACGCCGACGCGGGCGCGGGCCGGGCGCCGCACCCGGCCGCUUGCACGCGCGCCGCGGAACUUAAAUACUUAAGAAGCGUCACCGACGCUAUUAUGCCAUAUUUGCUUAAUGACGACGAGCUACAUAGUGCAGUAUUCCACCUGCUGGUCCGUGAAAUAUUCGCCGGCUGGGUGUUAUUGUCCCUAACGGACCUCCUGGCGGAUCCUUACAUAAUAAACGCGCUUAUAAUACUAGCCACGGGGGAUGAGACCAUGGCGCAGCUUAAAACUACGCCCGACUAUAGGGUGGAAUUCCUCUCAACAUUAGCCCGACAAUCCGGUUCCACGCACGAGGAGCGAGCGCACCUUCUUCACGUAGACCUGGAACUGCUGGUGGGCGAGCCGCGCCAUCUAUACGCCUUCAUGCAACACGUCAAGUCUACGAGCCAACUGCAGCUCCUACAGUUUUAUAAGGACAUCAACAUAGGGUCCACACACGAAGACAGAGCACGACUUCUCCACGUAGACCUGGAACUGCUGGUGGGCGAGCCGCGCCAUCUAUACGCCUUCAUGCAACACGUCAAGUCUACGAGGCAACUGCAGCUCCUACAGUUUUAUAAGGACAUCAACAUAGGGUCCACACACGAAGACAGAGCACGACUUCUCCACGUAGACCUGGAACUGCUGGUGGGCGAGCCGCGCCAUCUAUACGCCUUCAUGCAACACGUCAAGUCUACGAGCCAACUGCAGCUCCUACAGUUUUAUAAGGACAUCAACAUAGGGUCCACGCACGAAGAGCGAGCGCGCCUUCUCCACGUAGACCUGGAACUGCUGGUAGGCGAGCCGCGCCAUCUAUACGCCUUCAUGCAACACGUCAAGUCUACGAGGCAACUGCAGCUCCUACAGUUUUAUAAAGACAUCAGUUAG